AUGAAUGAAAAUGGGUUGGAAGAAUUGUUGGUAUGUGAGGGAUGGCCGAUUAAUGAAAAACAUCUGAGUGAUUUUGUUGGCGAACCAGUUUCACGAAUACGGGAUGUUAAUCAAUUGAAGAGACAGCUUCUUAAUGCUGAUAUGCGUGAAUAUGCUGUGCCGUUACUUUCAGAUCGUAUCAACAAACAAUUAGGUGAAUUUAAGGGACCUCUGGUUGUUCAAGUUGUAAAGCCACGCAAUGUUUCAUAUCCAAAGUAUAGUGAAGCCACGCAUACCGAUGGUCUUAUCAAGAUUCAACUAAGUGACGGUUUUUCCAGCAUUCAAGCAUUACUCUUUGAACCCAUACCAAAGUUAAACGCAGAAACGCCACCGGGUACAAAACUUUGUUUGGUUGGGAAAAUUCCAAUCGAAAAUGGAAUGUUGUUAAUCAACGGAACCAAUUGCCAAGUAUUGGGUGGCAAUGUUGAAAAAAUGGUCGAAAAAUGGAAUAUGGAAAAGAACUGGCUACAAAAACCAAUACGAACCACUGAAAGCAAUGCACCGAAGUGGAUUCAGUUUUCCAAGCAGCAAUUAUCGCAGUCCUCUCUUCCUGUUAAUGCCACUAAUAAAAUGUUUCGAGCGAAUGACGUAAUCAAUGGAUUAAGCAAAAGAAUGGCUGAUGAACGUGUUGAUGAUUUCAGUGCUGCAAGAAAAGCUCAUAUUGAGCAAGUUAUCGAAAACAAUGCUAUAAAGAAAUUUGCUCGAAGUCAGUUGAAGCCAAAAUCAUUAGAGAGUUCUGCAUCGACUUCUUGUAAUAUCAGUGGCAAGAAAGAUCCGAUGGUAAAAGCAAAACCUGAUGUGAAAAAUAGAAGUCGACGUUUUGUCCGUGAAGACAAGAGAAACUUGUCUCCGGUUCAUCGACCUUCUGAUCGUCCCACUCUAUAUGACUUCAUGCAAUCGAAAGUUUCUAUCCUGGAUCAGUCUCCUGAGCAGCAAGAUCAUGGUAAUCUGAAGUUUCAGGUAGAGCAAAUUGCAGCUAACGUACAGAGUUUUGAAACUCAAGAAGUGGAUCGAGCACGAAAGAUCAGAUUUAACGAGAAAGGUUUUCGCAAUCGGCAAACUCCUGAAAGCAGUAACCUCUCACGGACAAUCGAAUUUUCAAACUCGAAUAGGUAUCGAAAACAACUCAAUUGGCGACCGGAGCGCGAGCGAAACAGUGCAACAAAUGUAACAACAGAUAAUAAAUUUGGAUCGAAUUACGCGGACAAUCAAUCGAUUUCGGCUGCCCAUAAUGAAUUGUCGGCAUUGCACAUUUCUCCGGUUGAUAACGAACCAACGGAUGUUAAUAAAGACCAUAAUAUUCCUCAACAAAAUGUAAUUUUUGGUAGAAGUCAUGAUUAUCAGCAGAAUGUAUCUUGUCGACAAAUGGACGAACAGCAGCAACCACAACAACAGCAACAAUCUUUCGAUAAUAUGAUAUUGAAUGGAGAGAUUCCACCGGUUUGGAAAAUUGGCGACAAAUGUCUUGCACCAUGGAGUGAUGGCCAAUUUUAUCCAUCAACACUGGUAUCAAUGGGUCCAGCUGAUAUGUGUACUAUUGAAUAUGAUGAGUAUGGAAAUAGAAGCAGUGUACCUGUUGGAGUACUUCUUCAAUUUCAGACAUUUUGA